CGUCAUGCCAAUCUUGUCUAGCCUGCCAAUCCUUUGCACAGAUUUCGAUUCAGUCGGUCUUUUCACUGUGGACGAUCUAGAGUGAUCCUAGUGGUUGUCAGAAGGAAGUGUCUUUAGUGGGUUGAUGAUACAAAAUUCAAUGGAGUCCUGUCGAUAUGGCGAAAACUGCUACCGAGUUAGUAGCCAUCAUCUCUCAUUGCUUCGACAUGUACACCUUGACAUUUUUUUGGCGGACAUCAAAAAUGGAAAAUCCUUGGAAGACAUCACCCAAGGAAUGAGUGAAAGCCGGGCGUCGAAGAUUAAAGAACAGUUAAAGGUCAUUCAAAGUGUGGGAAAAAAUUGUGAUAUGAAUCAAAGCGUUACUCUGAAUGACAAUGGACAACGGCAACAAAAUCCCGUGGCAAACCAUGAAAAUACUGGUCUCUUAAAGGCAAGUGAAAGUGAUGUUCAACCUCCUAGAUUUGAAGCAAAAUCCGAAAGCUCCACCAUUACCAAUGAUCAUGAGAGGAAAUUAGAUCACGUAGACGGCAUUGGUCCUACUUCUGCCUGCGUUCAAUCUGUGGGUAAAUCUUUGCCCCGUGAUAGCGAUAGUUCUGGCGAUGGAAAAAAUGAUCAUGAGGAUGUAGAUCAUGAAGCUGUUCAAUCUUUAAUCUCCAAUGGAGUGUCGCCAAUAGUUGACAGAGUAAUGAUUGAACCAAUGAUGAAUGAUGCCAUAGACGAGGACGAGGAAUUCGAGGCCUGCAGUGUCUCAAGUUGUUCUGAAAAUGGAAGCCUUUCUCUACCCACCACCGAAGAGGAAGAAGAGCAAUCAGCCGGCAAUAUUGUUCAAAAUAAUGAAGUACUGGAUUCGUCACCUUCCGUAUUUGAACUCACCAGUUCUGUUUUGAAACUUCCAUCCGGAAAACAGACUUACAAUCUGAAGAGUCAAGUACUAUGUAAAGGAGUGGUUGCAAAUAUGGAUAUGGAAGAAAUGUGUGGACAGAUCCGCAUCUUGCCAUUUGAUCAUCGUCGCAAGGAUAUAAGUUUUGACUUUGAGGAUGUGAAGAAUGCCACCUCCACCGAAGUGUUUCUGAAAGUCGGAUCACCUGUACAUUUCCAAAGAGACACUCAUGAUAUUUUAUCCGCCACGGUUGUGAUUGCAAACUCGGAAUCCAAUCGAUUGAUAAGUGUUCCAUCAAAGAAAAAAGAAGACCGGAUAGAUUCUCAAGUCCCAAAUGACGAGACUGAGCACGGCACUCUCGCACCCCCGUCUAACUCUAAUAUGGUCCAGCGAAAGUUAAACAAAACGCGAAACACAACAUUGAAGGUCAAAGGAAAUGACGGGAUCAUUGCAUCAUUUAAACCAGAACGCGGGUUUGGAUUCAUUUCAAGCACAAAACUUGAAAAGGAUGCAUUUGUGCACAUCAAUCGGUUAUUCACUGAUGGCUUGCCCAUUGCACCUCAGAAGGGCAUGAAGGUGAGGUUUGUCCUCAACUCAACCUCCACCGACCCAAAGGGACCCCAAGUUGAUUUUGCCCUAAUUCUGGACAGUGGAUCCGAUUCCACCGAGUUGAAGAAAUACAUAUCCUCCCAACAAGGGACAGUCACUUCAGUGAAUAUGGAUAAGAUGUUUGCAUUUUUGACAUGCCAAGAGAUGGAAAGCGAUAUUCAUUUAGACUUGCGAAAAAUUUCCGAGUAUUGCAUUCCCUUGUUAGUCGGUGAUGUUGUGACAUUCCAAGUGGAUAAGAAUGCUACAAAACCGUCGGCCUUUCGAGCUUCUGUUUUAAGAUACGAGGUAAAUCGUUCCAACAAGGAGAUCAACGAGUUCCUGGAUUCCUCUCUUGCAACUCUCCACAGUUCAAAGUCCGCGUUUCUGAUUUUGGAGCUUGCUCCUCUUGACGCCUUGUGGCAAUACUUUGGUACUCUGAACUUCAGCAAACAAAAUGAUUUGAUUUGGAAGAUUCUCCAGUUCACCACGCAAUUCUUCAAACAGAACCGUUCAAAUGUUGAUCUUGGCCACAUCCUUGAGAUCUUGGCUCAACAAUCCCACUUUCUAGAUAAGGUGGCCCAAUUGAAACCUAACUUGGUGGUUAAAAACUUUCAAAUUGUGUUUGAAUUCUGCGAACAAGUCAUUGCAAAAUGUCCCAACUAUGUGAUCAAGAUUUACCCCCUCAUGAUUAUGGGGCCAAAGCCAUUGUUAGAAACUUUGAUGUUGAAAGUUAUCCAAAAAGAGUACCUUAAUGGCGCUGAAGGAAACUGGCAAUCCAUUUCUGAUGGCAUCACUGAAGAAGAACUGUCCCGUGACGAUCUUGUGAAAGGGGACAAAAAUUUGUCUCGAGUCAAAGUGGAUAUACCUUACGAUUCGGAGUUGCAGUAUAUGGACACUUACUUUCGAUUGCUUCGUGCAGAAGCGUUUCAUGCCAUUCAAGAAGGGAUUUCAUGUCUAAGGAAAGGGACUCUCAAACCGUUUCAAAUGAAGGUGUAUGAGAAAGUUUCUCUUGGAGGUGUGAAUUUGGAAAACCUGAAUUUAGCCUUAUGCGUUUCAAAGAAGCAGUUUGCGAAGACGAAUUGGGCCAAAACCAGCCAUUUAAUGCCGGGUAACCUCCUCUGUUUGUUGCUGAAUCGGCAACUCAAGCAAUUCAUUUGGAUGACUGUUGCGGUGAAGGACCCCGAGAUUCUAGCCAAAGAGGGUUACUUCAUGGCAGACAUUUGCUCGUUCAAUACCAUGACCAAGACAGAAAUUUUGUCAGCCCUGUUUAGCGCGAGUGGUCAAAUAACCAUGGUGGAAUCCCCGACAUUCUUCAAGUCUGUGCAUCCUGCUCUUCAAACAUUUCGUAAUAUCGAACUGGAACAACUCAAAUUACGUGAUUUCAUAGUGCAUGCCACUCCACUUCGUGGAAAACCAGCGUAUCAGUUGAGCUAUUUUCAACAAGGAAACACAGAAGACUCUUCAGAGGAAGAAGAUGAGCUCGAUUGCAUGGAACGACUCACGAAAAUGGAAGCUUUCAUUCGGAAACAAAUGAGAACUAUGGAUGAUGCUCAGAAACAAGCAUUUGAACAUGUCCUUUACAGUCCUUUGGGCAUUAUCCAAGGUCCCCCAGGAACUGGGAAAACCUACAUUGGCACGAAGGUUAUUGAGACGAUUCUCAAAUAUCAAGUGGACUCACCUAUUCUAGUUCUCACUUACAAAAACCAUGCUCUGGACGAGUUCCUGAAACAGUGCCUGGAGUUUUGUCCGCUUGAGGAACUUGUCAGAGUUGGUGGUAGAUCAAAAGAGCCAGCCCUAGAACCAUGUAACCUAUUUGAGCAAUUGAAAACGGUUCGGCUGAGUCGAAUAAUUGGAGAAUCAAAAACAAGAUUGAGGGAGAGCAAAGAAGAGUUGACCAUCCAAUUGAAGGAGUUGUUGAAGACGUUCUGGUACGACAUGUCUAUCAAUGCAUAUUCAUUACUUUAUGCAUUAACCGAAGAUCAGUUGAAUGCCCUGGUUAGGGGAGUGUCCUGGGGCAAGGGACCAAACAAGGUUGAAUAUGCGACAACCAAGAACCAAGUGGCUAAUAAUACGUGGGUGAGUCAAAUUUUCGACAACGUUGUUCUGAAGUGUGGAACCAUCAAGAGCUUUCUUGAGAGAUUGUCAGACGAGACGACACAGCAUAAGAAUUCCAAGGAAGAAAACAUAUUGUUUAAACACGCCAAAGCGCUCCUUGAUAUCGCAGUUCGUCGAUGGUUACCUUCUCUGAAGAAAUUGGAAGAUCUGAAGGACUUACGCUCUGAAUUUGAUCUCUCAACUUGGCUAGAAGAUAACUAUGAAGAAGAAGAGGAAAUGAUGGAAGAAACUCUUGAAGACCAAGAGUACUUAGAUGAGUUGCUGGCCAACAGAGACAGCCAUACCGGGAUUCAAGGAUCCAAGCUUAAAGCAGACAAGCUUUGUCCCGUACCCCAACGAUAUUCAACCAGCUCUUCCUUCACAAAGGAGCUUUUUCCCUCAGACUUGGAAGCAAAUCCCUUCAUCUUAAGAACAACUCAAAUGUGGGCACUUUCUGAAGGAGAGAAAUACCGAUUCAUUUUCUCCCUCAUUCAUAACACUGUAGAUGAUAAAUUAUCAAGGGUGGAAGACACUAUGACUGAAAUUGUCAGCAUCCUGGAGAAACAAGCCGAACUGAGUAGCUUGCAAAAGGUUGAAGCUUUAAGUAGCAAGAAGAUCAUCGGUAUGACAAUUACUGGGGCAAGUAUCAAUAGCUCAAUCUUGCAACAAGUUAGACCCAAGGUUGUGAUCGUUGAAGAGGCUGCUGAAGUCCUGGAGCCGCAGUUGGUUGCCGCCCUGAAUGAAUGUGUGGAACACCUGAUUUUAAUUGGUGACCACCAACAACUAAGACCUCAAGUGGAAUCCUAUCCACUAGUCAAAAACUUCAAUUUUGACGUUUCAAUGAUGGAGCGUCUCAUCUUGUGCAAGUUUCCUUAUAAAACGCUGACCACUCAAAAUCGGAUGAGACCAGAGUUUGCGACCUUGUUGUCGGAUAUCUAUUCCGUUUAUAAGACGAACUUGGAACGUGUUGCCAAUAACAAUCCACCUGACUUCAUGGGCAAGUCCAUGUUUUUUUGGACACACAACCAUCAUGAAGAUACCAAAGAAAGAGGUUCCAAAACGAACUUGGCUGAGUGUAAUUUGGUCAUUGUUUUGGUCAAGUAUCUCAUGACGAGUGGCGUGAACCCUGAAAAGAUCACCAUCCUUGCUCCCUACCUUGGCCAAGUAAAAUUGAUCCGAUCCAAACUCAUAUCAACAGACCAGUCCAAGAAAAUGCCCUCUGUACAGACCGUGGACAUGUUUCAGGGUGACGAGAAUGAUGUCAUCGUUGUGUCUUUGGUGCGUUCCAAUCACCAAGGAAAUGUUGGCUUUCUCAACUCGAUUAAUCGACGUUGCGUGCUCCAAUCUCGGGCUAAAUGUGGCUUUUAUAUUGUUGGGGAUGAAAGCACCUUGAUCGAAUCCCAAGGGGCCAAGAUCUGGAAACCGUUCGUUCAAUCCAUGAAAAAGCAAGGAUGCUUGGGACCCAAAUUUCCCCUGAAAUGCAACCGCCAUCCUUCUCAAGUUGAAGUUGCCACAAUCGAAGAACUUGCUGAAAUCAUUCGACAGCCUAUCAAACUUUGCUCGACAGCAUGUGGUAUAUUGGGCAAUUGUGGAAUACAUGCUUGCAUCAAGACGUGCUUUCCAAAGCAUUCUCACACCAAUUGCACAAAGGAGGUAAAGGAUACAUUCCAAUCUUGUGGUCAUCAAGUUAUGAGACCUUGUUGGCAAGACAUUGGAGAGUUGGUUUGUCGAGAGCUUAUUGACCGAUACCUUAGUUGCGGACAUGUGUAUCGUUCAGCUUGUCACAGCAAUAUUUCAGGUGUUAUUUGCAAGAUGCCAUGCCAGAAGACCAUGAAUUGUGUGAAUAAUCAUGCUUGUCAAAGUAAGUGUGGAAAACCGCAUGAACAUUCUCCAGCCUCGUGUGAAGUCAAAAUCAAUUAUUCAUUCCCAACUUGCAAGCAUCCAUCAUCUAAACGAAAGAAAUGCGGGGAAAUCAUUAAAUGGAAGUGCUCCUAUGAGCUCAAAUUCACUGGGACUUGUGGUCAUCCUUUGCUGAGGAAGUGUUACGAAGCCGAAAAAGACGUUAUCUGCAAAUCAAAGUGCAUUGGCAAAACCCGAUCAUGUGGACAUCCUUGUUUCAACUAUUGCGGAGAAAAUUGUUAUGCUGGCAAAUGUUCUCAAUGCCAAAAUGAUGUUACCACAUUUCAAAAGAAUGCUGAAAAAAAGGCUCGAGAAUUGAAAGCCAAACUCGGAAAAGACAACUUCGCAUUGGCCGAUUUGGAUAAAUCUGAUGCUCAGUACUUCAAGGUUCAAGAUCAUGUGACUAAGUACGUCCAAACCAUGCACAAUUGGAGUCCAACGAUUACUCGCAUUCAAUUGGUGAAAAACUUGGAUCGGGAGAUUGCUUACGAAAAAUUCAAGUCAAAAGGUUUUGGCACCUAUGAAGACUUGAAAUUUCAUGGGACAUCUGACGAGGGAGUAAAGAAAAUUCCUAAGGAAGGUUUCCGGAGGCCCGGGCCUCCUGCUCCUGGAAAAAGGCCUGGUAUGUUUGGUCAAGGCAUUUAUUUUGCCACAGAUUCGUCCAAAAGUGCCCAAUCAAUUUACACACAAGGUUCGAACAAACUUCUACUAUGUCAAGUGUUCUUAGGAAAGACUCUCACCUUGAACUCCUCAGACAACCAAAUGGAUGAAAACAAGCUUAAAGGCCUCAAAUGUGAUUCGGUGUUUGCUCCUCGUGGCAGCUCUGUGAAAAAUGACGAGUUUGUUGUGUACAAUCAAGACCAGGCUUAUGUCAAGUACAUUGUUCACUUCUACAGUUCCAAUAGCCCCGUGCUUAAUAUGGCUCUUCCUACCCCUGCUCGCACCAACCAACCAACUCGUAGAGUACUAAACCCGUCGCGACAUUUCAGUUCCUCAAACCCCGACGAUAUAUUGUACCGAAUUGCAGAAUCGACAUUUUACAGAAGUGGUCAGAACUCUAACAGAAAGAUCAAGUCCGUUGAAUACGUGACCAACCCCACCUUCGAAAAUGACUUCCUACAACAGAAGGGUGAUUUCAAGAGGAAGGGAAUUCCGGAUGACGAGAUUUUGGCCUUUCAUGGAACAAGCUCUACUAAUGUGGAUAAUAUCUUGAAAACUAACCUGAGCCUCAAUUACUCGACUCGAUUCGCUCAUGGAAAAGGUCUCUACUUCUCCGAAUACCCUGCUGUCAGUUUUGCCUAUGGAGACACGUUGAUGCUGUUUAAAGUAUUGCCAGGACAUGAGUAUACCGGACCAGAUCACACUUGGCCAAACCAUCAAUCGAAAUGCGUCACCAAGUCUGCCGACGGAUAUGGGCAAAUGAUGAUUGUGGACAAUCCCAAGCAAUUCCAUCCUUUUUUCAUCUAUAAAUUGGAAUAACCCGUUCUAUUUUGUUGGUUUUGUCGCGCCCUUUUUUAUUCCCUUUCAUUAAGAGUGUGAUAUGUUUAAAGUAUUCGAAAUACAAGAACUGAAAGAA